GUGCUUCGCCGGAAAGGGACGGACCCAAGAUGGCGGCGCCCACGGGUACCAGGAAGAGGUGCUCAUGUCAGGGAAUGGAGCGGUGUGGGGGCGCGUGCGAAGCCGCCUCCGCGCCUUCCCCGAGCGCCUGGCGGCCUGUGGGGCUGAGGCCGCCGCCUACGGCCGCUGCGUGCAGGCGUCCACGGCCCCGGGCGGCCGCCUGAGGAAGGAUCUCUGUGCGCAGGAGUUCGAGGCCCUGCGUCGUUGCUUCGCCGCCGCGCUUCUGGCAUCUCCACUGGGCACACCUGUCCCACCUGGUGCUCCCUCCUGCCAGCUCCCCUCCAGGUGGCGAUGAGCUACCAACACCGUGCCUCCUCCCCCGCCAGGCCGCUGCAGGCUUGCUCUGCUGACCGGCCAGGUGCACCCCAGGCACCAACCUCAGCUCUCGCGGCCUCACAAGAUGUCCAGAGCCGCUUCCCUGGGCACGAGCACCAGGACUCUCCCAUACCCAGGGUUCAGGAGUCAGCUCGGCCGUGGGAAAUUCCAUUCCUCUUAUUCAUUUGUAGUCAAGCUGCCCAGUGCAUAGAAAUAAUAAAAAUUUAAAAAUG